AGGAAUGGCAAUAACAACCGCACGCAUCAACAACAGCCUGCAUUACGUCAUAGGGCAGCCAGUGUAUCAUGAUAUUCUCGGCAAACUUUGGUUUACCACGAGGCAAAAUACUUCCGAGUGCCAAACAAAUUUUGAACUUGAAGAGGAGUUGAGGACAAAGCAUCCAAGGAGUAGGUACUCAUAUUACGGGUCGUCCCUGCUUGGGAUGGACGUCAACGGGGAUGGAAGGGACGAGUUGCUGGUCGGAGCUCCUCUUUUUAGCGAAAAAAACUACGAUGAAGGAAUCGUCUACGUCUAUUCAUUCCACGCAAAUGGUACAUUGAGCAGGGAGGUGGUUGAGUUGCAUGGAAGUCGUCGUGCCUGGUCCAGGUUUGGCUCUUCCAUGGUAGACAUUGGAGACCUCAACUGGGAUAAGUAUAGAGAUGUUGCCAUUAGCGCUCCUUACGAAGAGACAGGAGUUGUUUAUUUGUUCCUGGGAAGCCAGGAUUCCUUUGAAGUACAAUUCAGUCAACGAAUCGUGGCGUCUUCCAUCAAUGCCAACCUUAAUGGUUUCGGUUAUUCACUGGCACAGACUUUUGAUGACUUGGGCUAUUCAGGUUUGUUGGUGGGAGCUCACAAGUCCAACAUGGUGGUGCGUUUGAAAUCGAAGUUGGUGCAUCAGGUGAAUGUGAGUGUAACAUUUCAAGAAGAUAGAAUUAUGUGGAACCAUUUGCAGUGCACAAAAUCUUUCAACCAGGAAACCAUCCUCCCCAUCAAUCUCAACUUUGAAUAUUUCACUUACGGACAUGAACGACAAAUUGCAGCAUACACCUUGUUAAUUGACUCAAAAUUUCGGCGCGGUUACCACUCCAAUGAGAAGGUCCAGACGGUCGAAGGCCUCAUCAACUUUCGAGAAACGUGCGGGCAGGAGAAACGAGUCAGUCAUCAGUGGAACAUCACAUUUCCCAUCAACGCCCAGCCACAGAACAUCAAGAAGGGAGUAACGUUUGAUGUCACCUGGUUCCUCACGCAACUUUCAACUUCCAACUCCGUACUCAGUUCCAACAACACCAGCUAUUCUAAUGCGAUAAUGUUUGCACAAGAUUGCACGGAGAAGUGUCAGCCCAGAUUGAUACCUCGUUCCCUGAACGGCAUGGACGGCAAGUUGGAGUACGUGCACGGUAGCAAGGACGUCUUGCAGGCUGCAUUCCUCGUUGAGAACGUCGGAGAAGCAGCCUACAAUGCUCAGUUUGACUUCUCCUACCCAACGUUCCUUUUUCUCAAUAAGAUAAUCGUCGAAAGAAGUGACUGUAACGACGUGAUGUGCGAAAAAGUGAACUCUGACCCGAGCAACCAGCAACUGAAAUGUUACUUCAACAGACCCGUCUUGAGCAACUCAUCUGUCAGAUUUAAUUUCAGUUUCAACGUGCAAUCGCAUCCUAAUGCAGCUGACACGAACAACGCUCUUCAUCUAUUCAUCAAUGAUAAAAAGUCAUCUAUCUAUCUAGAACCUCUUUACAGUUCGGAAAUUAAAAUUUUCAAUGGAUCAAGAGCAAAUGCACUGCUGGCCGAUGUUGAGGAGGACAUGACAUUUGCUGUGACGAACGUUUUUGAUGUGCGCAACGUUGGACCCGGUGUGCAUCCUGGAUUCAAUCUCAACAUCAGAAUUCCAAUCUUUGAACAAUCCGCAGAAAAAAACCCGCAGUGUUGCUUCACCUCCAGUAUGAAGAUCUCCAUGAAGAAUGGAACCUCAGUGCAAAUAAGGGACGCGAUGGAAAAUGUUACAAUUGAAAAACCACCACCACCUUCCAACUCGGUCGAUGUUGACGACCCACAAAAAAACCCCAACAGCAUAUUUAACAUGAACUGCCGGACAUCAUCAUGUACAGUGCAUUCUGCGGAAGUUGCCAGCUUGCAAGCCAAUGAAAGUUUUUCAAUCAACAUCACUGUGUCCUUCAGUCACUCACUUCUGAAACAUCUUCAAUCGUACACAAUGUUUCAAUACACAAGUCAUUUGGACAUCAAUUGCAUCAAACUUCUCGUCGGCGUUCGAAAUCUCUCUCUCGAGGACACUGGCUGUUUGAAGGGAGGAAAGUAUCAGGCAAUUUAUAUCAGCAACCCAGUCGCUGCACGGCAAUCGAUUCCAAUCUGGUUGAUCGUCGUUUGCAUCAUUUUGGGACUUUUGCAUUGGGUCAUGUUUGUUUUCGUGCUCAAAAAGUGCGGAUUCUUCCGACGUGCCAGCCACGAAAGGUUGAUCCAGGAGAAGAGAGAUGCCGAAGAAAAUGUCAACGGCGAGGAAAAUCUUUCAUGUCCAAAGAAUAAAAAGAAAUUCGAUGCCAAUCUGCAAACAAAAUGUGAACCUGAACAGUAACACUGGCGUUUAAAUUUGUGGUAACAUUUAUAAAUUGUCUCAUCAUUAGUUGCCACUGAAGUGCCAAUUUGCAAACAACGCUAAAUGCCUCCGAAUUACUCGAGACUGUUAACUGAACACUAGUUUUCCAUUACAAAUCAAAUCUUUUCUAGACAUUUAUUUAUAAUUUUUAUGAAUUUUUUCAUUUUAUAAUUUAAAUGGUUUGCAUAUAACAUUCUAUGCUUUUGUAAAACUUUUCAUGACAGAUGCCCUUGUAAUAUUUCGUAACCUCUUGUGCCAUUUAACCUCUCAUAUGAUGUGAUCAAUUUUCAAUUAAUUCAAGUUCUAAAUCUAA